ACUGAAAUCUCGCCCAUCGUUGCUUGACCUCAUAGCAAACCGUGGUGUUGUUGUCCAGUCCGAGCCUCCAGACCCGCCAUCACCGCCCAGGCCAGACGACCUGCCACCGCUCCCCGUUUCGCCCGCUCCCUCCACCUGCAGUGACAGCAUCAGCUCGAGCAACGAUACCUCUAACGAUACCUCCAUCCCGCAGCCCUUCUCUUCGUCCACCACCUCCAUUCAAUCUCCGGCUUUUCACACCAUGGCCCCCUCUGGAAAGGGCUCCUCGAGCUCUGAAGAUGCCCAGCUCGGUGCUGUCUUCUCCGUCUCCGGCCCCGUUGUGGUCGCCGAGAACAUGAUCGGAUGUGCCAUGUACGAGUUGUGCCGAGUCGGUCAUGAUCAGCUAGUCGGAGAGGUUAUUCGUAUUGAUGCGGAUAAGGCUACUAUCCAAGUCUACGAAGAAACAGCCGGUCUAACGGUCGGUGAUCCCGUCAUGCGAACUGGCAAGCCCUUAUCCGUCGAGCUCGGCCCCGGUUUGAUGGAAACGAUCUAUGACGGUAUUCAGCGACCCCUCAAAGCCAUUUCCGACGAAUCGGGUAGUAUUUAUAUUCCCCGCGGUAUUAAAGUCAAUGCGCUGGAUCGCAAGAAGAAAUGGGACUUCAAGCCCGGCAAGUACAAGGUCGGCGACCACAUUACAGGCGGUGAUAUUUGGGGUACCGUUUUCGAGAACAGCUUGUUGAACGACCACAAAAUCCUCCUUCCUCCCCGCGCAAAAGGUACGAUCACCCGGAUAGCGGAAGCCGGUAGCUACACUGUUGAAGAACAACUGCUGGAGAUUGAAUUCAACGGUGUCAAGACCACACAUGGGAUGAUGCACACCUGGCCUGUCCGUGUCCCCAGGCCGGUCAACGAGAAGCAGUCCGCCGACUCGCCGUUCAUUGUUGGCCAGCGUGUGCUAGACUCUCUAUUCCCUAGUGUUUUGGGCGGUACCGUCUGCAUUCCCGGUGCCUUUGGUUGCGGCAAGACUGUCAUCUCUCAAAGUGUGUCCAAAUUCUCGAACAGUGAUGUCAUUGUCUAUGUCGGAUGUGGUGAGCGUGGUAAUGAGAUGGCUGAAGUGUUGAUGGAUUUCCCAGAGCUCAGCAUCGACAUUGGUGGCCGCAAGGAGCCUAUCAUGAAACGUACAUGCCUGAUCGCCAACACCUCUAACAUGCCUGUUGCUGCCCGUGAAGCGUCCAUUUACACCGGCAUCACCAUUGCGGAGUACUUUCGUGACCAGGGCAAGAACGUGGCCAUGAUGGCAGACUCUAGUUCCCGAUGGGCCGAGGCUCUGCGUGAGCUUUCUGGUCGUCUAGGAGAGAUGCCGGCUGACCAAGGUUUCCCUGCCUACCUUGGCGCCAAGCUCGCCUCUUUCUACGAACGCGCUGGUAAGAGUACUGCUCUGGGAAGCCCCGAGCGAGAGGGAAGUGUUAGCAUCGUCGCCGCCGUCAGUCCGCCCGUACGAUGA